CAGGCUUCCAGUCGUGCUUCCAACUGCUCUCAGGGAAAGUCCUGUCAAGUUAACAAUGCUACUGUGGCUGAAAUGAGUGAGGUACACAGACAGCAUGUCAAAAAGAAAAGUGACGUUUGAGGAUGGAGUUGAGGGGUUCAGUUUGGACGAGGAAUUGCCGAAAAAAAAGAUGUGUGAGGAGGUUACUGGGCCUGGAUCCAGAUUUAAAGGAAAACACUCUCUGGACAGUGAUGAGGAAGAUGAAGAGGAGAAUGGAGAGCAUGGCAGCAAAUACAACAUUCUAGCCAGUGAUGAUGUAGAGGGGCAGGAAAUGGCGACCAUUGACUAUGAUGAGGGUGUGCCCAUCACUCCUUUUAACCUGGAUGAGGAGAUGCAGGAGGGCCACUUUGACUCAGAGGGGAACUACUUCGUCAAAAAAGAGGAGAACAUCAGGGACAACUGGCUUGACAAUAUUGACUGGGUAAAAAUCAAAGAACAGCCAGUAAAGAAAAAGAAAGGGCUUGGUGCUAAACGGAGGAGAAGAGCAGGGGAUGAGGACGAGGCUGAAGAGGAGAGACUCAGAGAGGAGCAGCGAGAGGACAGUGAGGAAAAUGAGCAGCAAGAGGAAGAGGCUGAGGAUCCCCUGGCCUCAUACACUGAGUGCCAGCUCACAGAGGCUGUGGUCCACCUGCUGUUACCAGGAGAAACCGUCUCUGCCGCUCUUCGCCGAUAUGGAGGCCUGAGAGGAACCGGAAAAAAAGGAAGAAAGCAGAAGGAAGAGAAAGAGGUGACUACAAACAGGGAUGCUGAAAAGCUGGACAAACUAACUGCACUUGCAGACAGACUGGUGGGGAUUGGACAGUUUGAGAUUUAUCAGCACACCCGCGAGAAAUUGGCGUUCUCACUGAAGACGACGGGCCGAAAGGCCAGAGUGCAGAACAAUGAGGAGGAAGAGGAUGAACUGGACAUGUUUGCUGACAAAAUUGAUGAACAGCACGGUGCGCAGAAGGGAGAGGAGAGAGAGGACAAAGAUAACAGCAGAGUGAGCGAAGAGGUGAUGUGGGAGUAUAAAUGGGACACUGAGGAGAACUCUGAGGUUUACGGGCCUUUUAGCAGUCAGCAGAUGCAGGACUGGGUAAAUGAAGGCUACUUUAAAGACGGUGUUUACUGCAGAAGGGUGGACCAGGAGGGCGCACAGUUCUACAACUCCAAACGACUCGACUUUGAGCUUUACACAUGAUGUGACAUAUUUUUUCUUUACAAUCUCUGUUUUUAUUUGUUCAAUGCUGAGC